AGCGCUCAGCAGGUCGAGAAGCCGCGUGCGGCGAGGGGCAGUGCUGCGGGGAUCCAUCUGGCCGGCAUCGGCGCCCCGCCGUCCGGAGAGUCCGCAGCAGCAGCGCAGCCGCUCUCUCUCUCCCUCCGCUGCCGGGCUAAGGGAAGGCGCCGCGGCGCGCAGGGCUCUGCAGAGGCUGGGGUCGGGAAAGCGAGAGGGACGCGGCGCGGCCGCUGCACCACCAACUCUCGCCUGCCUGCUCGUCUCCCUCCAGCGGGAAGGGGCCCCCUCGCCACCCGGGGGGCUGGAGUGUGAAGGGGACCCCCCACUUCGGGGCGAAGCGCGGUCUCUCGUCCGGCAGCGGCGGCGGCGGCGCGGCGACAGCAGCAGCAGCAGUGAUGACGCGCCUGAGCUGGUGCUUCGCUUCCCUGAUCCGCUGGGGAAAAUACUUCUUCUCGUGCUUCCUGCCCCUGCGGUUCUGCCUACACCGGGAGCCUGAGGACCUUGAAGCCUCCACAACCCACACCUUCAAGGUGAAGAGCUUCAAGAAAGUGAAACCAUGUGGUAUAUGUCGUCAGGCAAUUACCCGGGAGGGUAGCACCUGUCGAGGUUGCAAGCUCUCCUGUCACAAGAAAUGUGAAGCCAAGGCUGCCACGCCUUGCAUGCCAUCUGGCAAUCAUGAGCUGCCAUCCACUGAGGAAAGUCCUGCAAAGCACGUAGACACUCCGGUGUCCACAAAAUCCCCCAAAAUUGUUCAGUCACAACGCAAACCCUCGAGGAGCUUAAGUCUAAAUCAGGCCAUGGAGGACACUUGUGAACUAGAUUUGGUAUACGUCACAGAACGGAUAAUUGCUGUCAACUUUGCAAGUUCAUCAGAGGAGCAGACCUUCUGCAGCAACCUAAAGGAGGUGGCACAGAUGCUUAAAUCUAAGCAUGGGGAUAGUUACCUGCUUUUUAACCUGUCAGAGCGGAGGCAUGAUAUCAGCAAGCUCCACUGCAAGGUGCUGGAUUUUGGAUGGCCUGACUUGCAUACACCUGCCCUGGAGAAGAUAUGCAGCAUCUGCAAGGCCAUGGACACGUGGCUCAAUGCCGAUCCUCACAAUGUUGUGGUUCUCCACAAUAAGGGGAACAGAGGCCGAACAGGGGUUGUUAUUGCAGCCUACAUGCACUAUAGCAACAUCUCAGCCAGUGCAGACCAAGCGCUGGACCGGUUUGCCAUGAAGAGGUUCUAUGAGGAUAAGGUGAUCCCAGUGGGGCAGCCAUCACAGAAGAGGUAUGUCCAUUACUUCAGUGGCCUGCUGUCUGGCACCAUCAAAAUGAACAACAAGCCCCUCUUCCUGCAUCAUGUCAUCAUGCAUGGAAUUCCCAACUUUGAGUCUAAAGGAGGCUGCCGGCCCUUCCUCAAGAUAUACCAAGCUAUGCAGCCUGUCUACACCUCUGGAAUCUACAAUGUGCAGGGAGACAGCCAGACCAGCAUUUGUAUCACUAUAGAGCCUGGACUGCUCCUGAAGGGGGAUAUCUUGUUAAAAUGCUAUCAUAAGAAAUUUCGUAGCCCAACUAGGGAUGUGAUCUUCCGAGUGCAGUUCCACACUUGUGCCAUUCAUGACCUGGCCAUUGUUUUCAAUAAGGAGGACCUGGAUGAUGCCUUUAAAGACGAACGGUUUCCAGAGUAUGGGAAAGUGGAGUUUGUGUUCUCUUAUGGUCCUGAGAAGAUUCAAGGCAUGGAACAUCUGGAGAAUGGUCCCAGUGUCUCUGUGGACUACAACACUUCAGAUCCACUCAUCCGCUGGGAUUCCUAUGAAAAUUUCAACAUGCACCAUGAAGACAGCAUGGAGGAAGUUGGACAUACCCAAGGGCCUCUGGAUGGGAGCCUCUACGCCAAGGUGAAGAAGAAAGACUCGCUCCACGGCAGCACCGGCACCGUCAACACAAACCGCAUUACACUCUCGGCCGCUCCCAACCACAUUGAGCACACCCUCUCUGUCAGCAGCGAUUCGGGCAACUCCACCGCUUCUACCAAAACUGACAAGACUGAUGAGCAGGCAGUGCCCACCGUUCCCAGCAGCAGUGGAGGAAACAAUCCUGUACUGACUCCCGAAGAGAAGCGGGAGCUUGAGAGCUUGCUCAGCGGCUUUGGACUGGAGAACGAAGCUGCUAUGCAUAACCACAGCCCCAGUGGGGGAGCAGUGGUUGCCUCCACUGCAUCUGGUCGCCGUGUCGUACCAGCUCAGGUGCAUGUCAACGGGGAGGCCGCCAGCUUGGUGGCUGAGAGGGAAACGGACAUUUUGGAUGACGAAUUGCCCAACCAGGAUGGGCAUAGCGUGGGCAGCCUAGGCACCCUCUCGUCUUUCGAUGGCACCACCAACACUAGUGACAUGGGCUACCAUGAGGCUCCACGGAUGGAGAGCCUCUCCUCCUUGCCCAAUGGUUCAUCCAACUUCAAUGGCAUAGACAAGCUGCAUGAUUCAGAGACUGUCAUCAAUGGUGGCUACCCCUAUAACAACCAGAACACCUUAAGGAGUAUGAUGGGGCGUCACCCCCAGGAUCCAUAUGGGCACAUCCGGCCCUCUGUGUCUGCCCAGGAAAAUUUGGCUGAUUACUAUCAGCAUGGCUUCCCCACUCCUGGCUGGCUGCAACCUCAGCCCCCAACCUCCAGCCAGCAGUACCCCUAUGGUUAUGAUCCAAAUGCCAUAUACCGCUCCCAGUCCUUCCCCACAGCUACUGCUGAGACCCCCCAGCUCCCACAGGCACCCACCCGGAGCACGAGUAGUCGGGAAGCUGUUCAGAGGGGACUCAACUCCUGGCAGCAGCAAAGUGGCAGCAGGCCACCGUCCCGUCAACAUGACGGUGGCCGAGAGAGCCACAGUCCCAGCCUCUCGAGUGCAAGCCCUCAGCCCAGCCCUUCGCAAGCAGCACCUUCUCAGAGCAUCAGCAUCCCUGAAUUCCCCAGGGUGGCCUCUCAGAAGGAAAUAGAACAGUCCAUCGAGGCUCUCAACAUGCUCAUGCUUGACCUGGACCCCUCAGUGUCUGUGAUGCACAAAUCCCAGAGUGUCCCAGUGGCCUCCAGAGAAGACAAGCCACGCCCGGUAGCUCUGUCAGUGUCUGCCCAGCCUGUGACUGGUCCUCAAGUAGUGCAGCCAAGGUCUACCAAUGCUUUUGGCCCCAUUCCAGGAAGCCCCUCACACAAUUCUGCUGGCACCAUUGUGGCCCAGCCACCCGAACCAGCACCUAAAGCUCAUCCUACGAGACUACUGCUCCAUAAUACCGGAGAGUCAGAGUACUCACCACAGGAUUACAGGGAGGCCUGUUCACCUUAUCAAAACCAACAGCCAAGUGUCACACAAGCAAUGAGCUAUGGCCCGACUGCAGGAAGUCCUCCGACAUCUCCCAGGCCUCAUGGGAUGGCAUACCAGCUCAUGGAAGGGCAGCAUCCACUACUUACAUCGCCCCCAUCCCCUGGGAUGACCAUUCUGGCUCAGGUACCCAUAAAGGAAGCAGAGAAUUACGAAGAGCCUUCUCGGCCCUUGGAAGAAGAGCCCCUGCACCUCGAAGGGCUGGUGGCCCACAGGGUAGCAGAGUACAACGCCAAACUCCGGGACAUCCGGAAGAGCAUGAAAAGCCCCCAUCCUCCUCUUCACCGACAGCGAUCCUUCUCCUUUUCUGGAGUACAGUCACCACGAGAGAAGUCACCAGAAGACACUGAAGCCCCGAUUCGGAGACGUACCACCAGUGAAGGCCAGUAUGAGAACAGCCCCCAGGACCCCAGUUCACCAAGAAGCCCCACCGUCCGCUCUCCAGUUCACUGUGUCUCGCCAGAAGUGGUCAGCACCAUUUCUGCCAACCCUGGAGGAAGGCCCAAGGAGCCCCAUCUCCAUAGCUACAAGGAGGCCUUUGAAGAACUACAGGGAACCUCUCCAAGCAGUCCACCCUCCAGUGGUGGUGAGACCUCUCCCCCAACCCCUGCCUUCCCUGUCUCACCACAAACCCCUUACAGUAACCUGUUGCGUUCUCCACCAGGACUGGCAAAAACUCCUCUUUCAGCCCUGGGCCUGAAACCUCACAACCCAGCUGAAAUCCUGUUGCAGCAGACAGGAGAAAUAGAUGGGAAGACAGUAGUUGAAUCAGAUGAAGAGCCCCGGAGCUAUGUGGAAUCCGUGGCUCGUUCGGCAGCAGCUGGCGGUGGCAGCAGCCCUAUGGGGAAGUUCCAGACUCCACCAGCUCCACAGAUCUCCAGCACUGAGACACCAGUGAGGAAUGGGUCCUUCAUCAACUCCUUCACCUCCCCAAGCCCUGUUGCUGCCAGCAGCCCCCUGCACAGCAUGGACGGGAUCUCUGUAUGUAGCUACCCUUCAGAGAACAGCACCAGCAUAGCCAUACCCUCCCAGCCCUCAGCGGAGUCCAGCUUCCAAUCCACCAAUCUUUCUCAGGUGCCAUCGGCACACAGCAGCUACCAAAACACGUCUUCAUCAACUCCUCAGGGCCUCCCAGUCUAUAUGAGCACCGAAUUCCCUGAUGGCCGAGCUAGCACCCAGCAAGAUAGCCACCCAAGGCUGCAGUCCCAAGUCAAUGCACCUGCAGUCCAAAUCAUGCCUGGAAGCCCCCACUCCCUCCACAGAACAGUAGCCACCAAUACUCCACCUAGCCCAAGCUUUGGGCGAAGAGCUGUCAACACCAACAUGUCUGCCACUCCAGGAAGCCCAAGUAUGAACAGGCACUUAAUGGGUACUCAUGGCAACCUCGUUGCAAUGCCUGGGAGCCCAAACCUUAAUCGGCACCAGCCCAUCAUAGGAGGCAGUACAUCCAUCGUCUCUGGGAGUCCUGGCUUGGAUCGGCACAUAAUAUAUGGUUAUUCUACCCCAGAGGAGAAGCGUCCAACACUAUCCCGCCAAAGCAGUGCCUCAGGUUAUCAAGCACCCUCUACCCCAUCUUUUCCUGUCUCCCCGGCUUACUACCAUGGAGUUAGCAGCCCACAUUCCUCUUCCCCUGACUCGGCAAUCUACAGGCAAGGCAGCCCCACCCCACCCCAGCCGGUGCUCCCAGAAAAGAGGAGGAUGUCAUCAGGAGAUCGGUCAAAUAGCCUGCCUAACUAUGCCACUGUGAAUGGCAAGACCUCUUCACCUAUCUCCAGUGGCAUGUCCAGUCCCAGCAGUGGAAGCAGCAUGGCCUUUCAUCAUACUCUGCCAGAUUUCUCUAAGUUUUCAAUGCCAGACAGCAGCCCUGAGACCCGAGCUAACGUGAAGUUUGUUCAGGAUACCUCCAAGUACUGGUACAAGCCAGAGAUCUCCAGGGAACAAGCCAUUGCAUUGCUGAAAGACAAGGAACCCGGGGCCUUCAUCAUUCGAGACAGCCACUCCUUCCGGGGAGCCUAUGGAUUAGCCAUGAAAGUGGCUUCACCACCUCCUGGUGUUGUGCAACAGAGCAAGAAAGGAGAUAUUACCAAUGAGCUGGUAAGGCACUUCCUGAUAGAAACCAGCCCCAAGGGUGUGAAACUAAAAGGGUGCCCCAAUGAGCCAAACUUUGGUUGCCUGUCUGCUCUGGUGUACCAGCACUCCAUCAUGCCUCUGGCCUUGCCCUGCAAGCUGGUCAUUCCUGAUCGAGGUAAAAAGUAUCCCAUGGAUGAAACAAAAGAGACAGCCUCAUCCAGCAACUCAGCAACAGACUUGCUCAAACAGGGAGCAGCUUGCAAUGUGCUCUUUAUCAACUCGGUGGAGAUGGAAUCGUUAACAGGCCCACAGGCCAUUGCCAAAGCGAUUACGGAGACACUGGCCACCGAAACCCUGCCCUCUGCAACGAUUGUCCAUUUCAAAGUGUCAACGCAAGGCAUCACCUUAACAGACAACCAGAGGAAGCUAUUCUUCAGACGACAUUACCCCAUCAACACUGUUACUUUCUGUGAUGUUGACCCCCAGGAAAGAAAGUGGACAAAGUCAGAUGGCGGAGGCCCUGCAAAACUUUUUGGCUUUGUGGCCAGGAAGCAAGGCAGCACGACGGACAACGUCUGCCACCUCUUUGCUGAGCUUGAUCCUGACCAGCCAGCCGCUGCCAUUGUCAACUUUGUCUCCAGGGUCAUGCUUGGCACCUCUCAAAAAAGAUGAACCUAUGCCUUCCCCCUGCCGGGGGCUUCUUGCCCUUGAAUUUUGAAGAAGGACUUGGAGUCGUUCCAAGAAGGACUGUGAGGAAGUGCAUUGUGAGAGAGGGAAGUAAACUGAUUGGGGGAAAGAGAGAGAAAAAAAGUCCGAAUUGUUGGAAGGCCCAAACCAACCAAAUGUACGUACAUAACAGAAACCAAGGAACUGACACUGUUGCCUUUCCCGUUCAAGAGGUGGAGACAGUUUUGGCUUUUGGAUCAGCAUGAAAUCAGAGAAAUCAGCCCCACAGGCCAAAGCACGGAUCUUAUUAACUUUUGUGGGGUAGGAGUAUAUAGUAGUUGCUUGUUUAGAAAAUAAGACAAACAAACUCGCCAAUACCUGGGCUGCAGGAAUUGCAUUGAGAGACAUGCCAAACAAAAAACCAUUGGUACCCAUUUCUGAGAGUAAUCGUUCCCAACUCUUCUCUUUAACUGCUGACUGUAUGAAGUGUGUGUGUGUAUGCGUAAACAUUUGUGUGGUAUGGACAUGUUUAAUGUUUGGAAAUCUGCAGUGUUAGGAUCAUAAUUCUGCUGAAUGUUGAGUAGUUAUUCAGGACUUCAUCUAGCAACCCUGCAUUCUCCUCUUCCUCCAAGGACAUAGGCCUCCUUCACUCCUUCUAGAGGAGGACCUUCAUGAGCAGCUACCUACCAGUAGUGCAAGAUCUGCUAUGCAGGUGGGAAGUUCUGUUUAGAACCAACACACACACACGCACACACGCACACACCAUACAUGCAUAUGCACACGUCAGUUUGUGUACAGAGAUGCACAGCAGGGAGUCUCUUCUAGCUAAUUCCAAGAGCAUGUUAGUCAAAGCAAAAGAAUAACUUCUGGUCCAUAUGCAGUGAUGUCCACUGCAGGUCAUUUGAACAGGAACAAUUGUCCCAUUACCACCACCACACAAAUUUUAAAAUGCCAGUAGUUGGGAAUGCCGUUCUUGGAGUAAAAGAAAAGCAACCUUGCCCACGUUUAUCUCUUCUCCUUUUAGAGACAUGCAUGUGGCUUUAUAUGCUGCACGAAAAUUAUUCAGUUGUGCAAAAGAGAAGGUGAAUGAUCCAGUAAUAGGGAGGAGUAAUAUUUGUUUUGAAGCCACUAAGAAUGUUUUCUGAAAAGACCCAGCUUGCUUUCAGCUUUGGUGAAAUAGGUGAGCCCCAUUCCAUCCCACAACUUCCAAUAAUGAAACCACAGAUAAUGGGGCAUUAAAGUCAAUGGGAUUGCGGAGGGGUUAGGUUCCUGGAGGCUGAAAAAUGGUCUGAAAAAGGGCCAUAACAAUGAAAAACAGGAAAAUAAAGUGCCCCACUGUUGUCUGCGGGUCUCCAGCUCUCCAGGCAUGCCUCCCCAAAGUCCCAAUUUGCCUCAUUUUCCAUGAAAAGUCAUGGACAUUUUUUUAAUUUCUUUAAAAAUGAGCCACCUAAUGGCUCCUGUGCUUAAAAUGGUGACCAGAAAUGACCUUGGAGGUUACUUCUGGCCACCUUGAACCCACAGAUAAGUGGAAUUAACCCUUUUUUGCCCAUCCCCCUCUCCCCACAUAUUCCAAGGUCAGGUGUCAAUUACCUGACCAUGGAAAUGCGAAACCGCAGAUGUUGCAUCCACGAAUGCUCAGGUUCUCCUGUAGUUCAUUAUUUUGCCUCAUUAAGCUUUGUCUUUGCUUCUGAAGGCACCAAGUGUUGGAUCUUGCACUGACCUGCUAGCUCACAGUUAGCAGUGUGCUCCUUGAUAGACAUUUCUGGUGGAAACAGGGGCAGUUCCUCUAGCUUGCAAAACAUUUUGUGCAGAGCAACUUCAUAUCCAUUGCCACAGUAAAUGAGAUAAUGUAGUAGCAGCAGCAGUUGCUGCUGCUGCAAAAGAACUAUGCAUUUUUCUGCUAACAUCACAAAUUAGUCCUUCAUGACUUCUGACAUUCCCAAUGUGUGCCAUAAAAUCAAUAUAUUAUUAUCUAGUGGCUCUGGGUAUCUUUGUCAAGGGGAGGCUGAAUUAUCAGGAGAUAUUUGCUUGGCUGUGGAGUCAUCUUUGAGUUGCAUAGAUUUGCUUUUGUAUUGUGGGAGUUCCUCCCUGUCUCCUCAAACAUCCACAGCUGGCAAAUCCCAGAGACAAAUUAUUGUGCUGAAUGGACAAAAAGAGCUGUUCCCAUGUGUCAGAUCUUAUGGGUUUAUUGUGAAUUCUUCAGUCUCUUCUUAAACUGUAGUCAACGCCCAUGCUGAAAGUAAGUCAGUACUGGCUUGCCAUGUCAGCUGGUCCAGAGGAGACUGGUCAAAGGCUUCUGAAGAGGCAAGCCAGCAUUGCAACAAUGUGAGUCAAGGGUAAGGGGUAUAUGGGCUUAAAGCCUUACACAUCCCUCUGUAGAUAACAUUGAGUGGCACUCAUGAUGUACUCUUUUGGUGAGCUGGGCUGAUGUCCUCCAACAGAGUUCAAGGGCCUCCAUGAAGAACCACUGGUAAUAAGCCAUCUUCCCUAAAAUGCCAUCUAGGUUUCUGAUAAAACAGUAUCUCACAUAAUGGGGGAAGAAAAUCUUUGUGUUGAUGAGAACGUCAGUACAAAGUCAUGCAUCACUCACUAACAGGAGAUGACCUUCAAGUCAUGCAGUCACCUAAAUUCCCCUGGAGAGUGUGGCUCUCUCAUUGCCUUGAUAUAAUAUAUAUGUAUGUAUGUAUGUAUGUAUGUAUGAAAUAUACUGACAAAAUAAUGUAAGCUAAUCAAAAAAGUUUAAAAAGUGAAAUUUACACAGAAGUAUUUAUUUUUUCCAUUUUAUCUAUCUUUAACUUUCUCCAAUAUUUGCAGCUCCCUCCCCCGCCCCCGCCCCCAUGUUAUAGACUCUUAUAUGUAUAACUUAGUGCAAAGUGCUUGUUUGGUUAGUAUUAGUGACAUGGGCAAGGUUUCAAAAGAUGAUGUCAGUCCUACUCCCCGGAUCCUCCGGAGGCUAUGUGUUUUUUAAUAUACGUAUUUGUGCCACAGGGCAAUGCAGUGUGGCAUUCCUCAGCCCCACCUCAUUAUUAGCCAUUUGCCCAAGCGAGUGAGCAUGUCUGGAUUUGUACUUCAUUGCCGAGUGAUGCGAGGGUUAGCGGUGUGCGUAUGUGUGAAAGUGCGUGGAGAGAGACUCAUUUCGGGAACACUGUAUAAAGCAUGGAUUUUGCAUCCAAGAGCUGUCAUGGAGACAGGGGCAUCAGUUUCGGAUGUCACUGCCCAGGCCCUGUGCCUCGUCUUCGCUGAGAUGGAAUGCUGGAGACUGUGAGAGCUUCUUCUUUAUGUUGGUGACCAACAUUUCCCUCCUUCUGCAAAAUUCAAGUAAGAUGAUCCCCUUCCCCCCACCUGCAACUGUCUCACCCUGCCAUUAACCAAUUAGAGAAACACUGUGUCUAUAGAUAUAUAAAUAUUAUAAAUAUAUAUAUAUAUAUAUUUUCUGAAAGUCUCUAUUUUUCAGACUUCAUUUUUUCACUGCUUUCAGAACUUGCAAUUCCCCCUUCCUCUUCAACAUUUCCUAUCCUGCCACAGAAAGUGGUACUGAAACUCUAUGGUUCAUUUUUGUUUUGCCAUUAAAAAGAAUGGAUCUUGAUAUAAGCCAUCCAGCAAUCGCAUAUAAACAAAUACCACCACGGCAAGCACAUGCACGUCAACAGAAUACCUGCUUCCAGGCGUGACCUGCCCACUGCUCCUUACUAACUUGCUAGCUGAAGAUGGAAAAUGUAAGCUUCCUGCCUUGCAGCUCACUCGCUGAUUAUGGCUUUUUAAGGCAAAGCAAAGCAAAUCACCUUGUGUAGCCAGUUGCUUUUCCAGCCUGCGUUCAAGACAGAAGCUGCAUUUUAGGAUAAACUGGUGUAUGUAUCAUCCCAGUUUUAUUUAGAGAAAUCAAGUCUCCAGCUCUUCCAGAGUCAGGGUUCUCAAAGAGUAUGUGAGCAGACCACCCAAAAUGGCUCACACAAUCACCAAGGCCAGCAGGAGCUCCUUGCAGGCCUAACAGUUUUGGUGUGUAUUUGACGGGGUCAGUAAUCUAGGAAUGUUAUGCCCCCCCCUUCUCUUCUACAGGCAGUGUGCCUCUCCAUUCAGGAGCUCAGGUCACAGAGCAGGAACAGCAAUAAGUAGGCUGGAAUUUCAGUCCAGACCUCCAGGCUGUUGCUGUGCUCAUGAUAUGAAAAGAACAUACCUGUAUAUGUGGGAAGGCAAUCAGCUUGUGAACUAGUGUAGAGGUUUUGCAGGCAUGAAAUGACCUUGCCUCCCCUCUUCCCUGAGUUCUGAUAUGAAGCUGCCUUAUACUUCGUCUGUCCAUCUAGCUCAGUAUUGUCUACACUGACUGGCAGUGCCUCUCCAGGGUUUCAAACAAGGAUUCUUCCCAGUCCUGUCUGGAGAUGCCAGGGGUCAAACCUGGGACCUUCUGCAUGCAAAGCAUGUGCUCUACCACUGAGCUGUGGCCCCUUCCCAGUUUUCUUCCUUAGGAGCUGUUAACCUAAGCCAUGUGCCUCAUCCAUCGAUCUGGUUAGUCACUUGCCCAGGAGCUUUCCUGGACAGAUGAGCCAUUUUGGGUUUGUUUGUUUUUUUAGCUACAAAUGCUCACAGUGUCUUCAUUGACUUGGGAAGGCCUGCUGUGACAUAGGAGAGAGCCCCUGUUCUAGACUUGUUUGGUUUGCUUUCUGCUGACUCCCCCAAUACGAAGAAGCUUCUAUAAUCUCUAAACACAUUUCUGUCCUUUUGUUUAUUGUCUUUCUUUUAAAGAGCACGAGCAAAGAUUCUUCCAUUGUAAACACACAGCCUCAUUUUUGAUGCCUGGGAUUGAUGUCUAAUGUAGUUUUUCCCCAUGUAUGCAAUGUAAUAAUAAUUCUACUCUUUCAAUAGAAGGUGUUAUAUUUUGUACACAUGCACACAAACACCCUCCUCUGUGCACAAAGAACUGCAUAAUCUUGCCAAAGAUACCUGUUUGAAAUGCACUUUCCUCUUCCUGUUGGUUGUACAUUUAUUAUCUGUGCCUCUUUCCUUUCCUUUCUGUGUUUUGUUUUUGCUCUGAAUCUUGUUUGCUGGUGAUUUCUUCUUGUUGUGUUUUCUGUAGCCAAUUUGUGAAACUCUGACCAUCCUUCAAACAGCUGGAUGAGGUUGAUUAAUUUUACACUAUAUAACUUGAUAGUCAAGGAUAGUUAAAUGAGCUGUGAAGUGGCCAAAGGAAGAUAUGUUAAUGAGAGAGAACAGGAGCAAAGCCAUUCAAAUAACCUCACUUCCCAAUUGCUCAGGCCUUAACCCUUAUUCUUACUUCGAUGCCAGCACCUCGCCAUGUACGCAGUUUUCCCUUUAAAAUGUUUAUUGUUGCUUGCUUUAAGUAUCUUUAAACAAGUGGUUAUUUCCCCCCCCCCCCGCUUAUUCAACUUUCUCAGCUCCACUGAGAGGCAUGUGUAAGAAGAAACAUUAGAGAUGGGACUCUUUGUUUCUGACUUGGCACAAUUGCAUGCAUUAGCAAAGGUGACUGAAUGUUUUGCUGAUGCAGAGGUCAUUUGACAUCCUACUCAGUAUAAUUUUAAAGAUUAAUGAUCUAGUCUAUCUCCACAUUAUGGUAGUUCCACUGUUAUUUUUCAUGGGGCUACUAGCUAAUGUGUGACAGUCAACUUUCUUCAUUGGCCAGAAUCAUAAGACAUGUUUGCUGCCAUAUUAAACCCAGACAGCAGCUUGCACAAUCCAGCUGUAAUCUUAGCAGAACCAAUUUAUAGUGAGGAGCCCAUUUCCUGAUGGAUAUUACUGUUCCCCGCCCUCACUGAUGUAGUAACUCAUGCAGAGCCAACUCAAAACAGGCUUGCUCCAAAUUUAAUUUGUGCGCUAUGUUUUCAGGAAAUAUUCAGUAAUCAAGUGAUAGGUGAGCCCAUCACAGGUGAUGUGCUCUUGGGGAAAAAAAGGGGGGGUAUGCUAAUUCCCAGAUCAAACAAUCUAUUCAUUUCUUUGCUUGCAUUUUUGGAAUAUAAUAAUAAUAAUAAACUUUAUUUGUUAGCCAUCCCAUAACAUAUUGUUCGCUGGGCGGCUCACAACAGAGGAUUAAAACAUACAAUAAAAACACAUAAUACAUUAAAUCAUAACAGACAAAAGAAGGUGAAAAGAAAAUACAAAAUACAAUACAAAGCAGCUUAAAAAUCAUUUUUAAAUUAGUUUAAAAAUAAGAUCAAAUCUGAAAACCCAAAUUUAAAAGGCCUGGGUAAACAAAAAGGUCUUUAUCUGGCAUCUAGAAGAAGAAAGUGAUGAAGCCAGGCAAACCUCACUGUGGAGGCUAUUCUAUAAACAGGAACAUACAAGGCAUGGGAGUACUCUGGAAAAACUGGCCUAGGGUCAGUUGCCCCGUGUCAGUUCCAAUGCAAAAAGAAAUCUUAGUGACUCCGGGAAAAGUACCUCUUGGCCAUCUUGUUUAAUAACCAUUACUGGAUUUGACUUCUGUGCAGCAGAUUUGUUUUUGUUUUUAAUAACAUAAGUAUAGUUCCAGCACUCAUGGCAUUCCAGACUGGUGUCACAGAUGAAUCAGGCAUCAUUAAAGCAGUUUGGAGAAUACACCCCGGCCCCAUUUUGCAUGAUGGUGCCAUGAAUAGUAUUAUGAAUGAGCUGCCGGCUCAUUACUUUUCUAGCCUAGGACUAGGCAGCAUUGACCACCUUGGCUUCAAACCUGCUCCUCUGCAUGUUUAGAUUUCUCUCUCAUUGUUACACAUCUUUGGCAGCAGCUGACCUCUGCAGAGGUCACUAAAAUGUCCACACCAGAAAAUAACUCCUCAACCAAAAGCAGGAAUCCAUCUGCUCUUCUGAAAUGUUUAUAGUCGCUGAAGACAAUACUUUCAAAGCAUUAUUAGGGCAGAAAUAGAGGGAAUGUGGAAUUGUUCUUUGGAAGAGGGCAGUCUGUUCUGAGUGAGUGACAAGUGAAGAUCAGUUAACAUUUGAUGGGGAGAGAACCGUGACUGAAUGAGCUGAUCCUGCCUCUGAGGAACAGGCUCCCAGCCUUGUGUAUGGACAAAAUAGCUUUUGCCAUGCAAGAUGACAAAGACAGAAGAUGAGCAUCUCUUUGUGCUGCAGCCCCUUGUAACACUUCCAUUGAUUAUAAAAGCAGUAGUUCCUUCCUUGGCCAUCAGAGUGCUUUUAGAGCAUUUGGGGCUGUUCAGCAACACCCUUGCCCACAUUAAAAGACCUUGUUCCAUCUGGUGCCCAGUACUGUAAUGGCAACCAAACAACACACGCACAGGACUGCCGUGACUUUGGUUAACCAAAUCUGCUAUUAGCUUAUGCAAGAGUCAAUGCAGUACAAAUAUACCUGAAACUAUUGGAGCUACAGAAAGGGGGUGCAUAUUGGUUUUAAAAUUAGCAUUGAAAAUAUGAUGCUACCCACUGGUCCUUGCACUGGCACAUCAAUGCAAAGCUCCACAGACUUGCAUUUCAUUCCUAAACACAUUCCUUGGGUCCAGGUCCCACAGAAAUGUUUGGGUAUCACAAGUAAUGUGUUUAGAAUUGGUGUACUCUUUUCUGUUGCAGCAGAAUCUUUGCAAAGAGUAGCAGUAAAUUAGUUAUUCUAGAGCAAUCCUAUUAAUCCCCAGUAGUCACACUCUGCAGUAGGUCCCCUAGAGAACACUGGAUUGCUCCAAAGACAGUCAUUUUCAGAUUAAAGCCAAAUAGCUCAAACAUACCUAUGUUAACUUGGAAGGAUAUCCCAUCCCAUUGAUUUUGGUGAAAUUUGCUUCCAAGUAAGUAGCCUUAGAAUUGCAACCAGUCUUGCAAAGCAAAGUAAGCAAUGCUUGUUGGCUAGUGAUAACAAGUAGUGCAAACCCAGACUUCAGAAAUUGCUAAUGUUUGCUGUUUUGUGGCUGCCAUUAUUGUUAUUUUUGGAAAUGUUACAGAUUUAUUUGCUUGUCAGUAUUAAUGACUGUUUGAAGCAAAUCUUUGUUUUUUCCUCCUUGCAUACCUCUAUUUUUGUUAAACACACACACACACACACAUCUCUGAAGAAGAGCAAGAGGGAGGAAAAACCAGAAUUAAUCCUCUUUCUAUGUAUUUAUGUUGAUGGAAUUCUCCUUUAUAUUUUGUAUCUUUGUGCCCAUAACUUCUAUCACUUAUAUAAAAGAUGACUGCGCAUCACUCAUGGUUCAUAUGUGACUGGACCAUGCACACCCAUGCUUUCCUUACCUUUCCUUUCCUUUGUACAGCUAUCUUGACUCAUUGCAGUUCCUUGUAUGGCUUUAUAAAUGAUAAGAUUUUAAACAAAAUCAAUUAUAUGAAAUAUACUGUUGCUUGAAAUGCCCAGCUUGGUGUCUGGAUUGCUGGAAUUGUAUCUCAAAAUUUAAGGGAGUGAAGGAAUAAAGACUCUCUACUUUUUGCACAGGGAAA